AUGCGCAUGAGGAUCUUGUGCCAGCUCAGCAGUGACGUCAUUGUGGUAACCAGAAUCUUCGCCACGUCCGUAACCAUAACCUCCCCUCCCCGGUGGGUCAACCUCUCACUCUCCCUCUCUCCACUCCCCUCGCUAUUGUACCCUUCCCCACCCCCACCAGCCCUCCCCUCUCCUCUGCCCUCCUCCCUUUCCCCUCCUCGCCCUUUCUCCCUCCACUCCUCCCUCCUCUCCCUUCCACUCCCUCCCCCCGAACCCCUAACCCCGUCCCCUCUCCCCCCAAAACCCCUUCCCUCAUCCUCUCUCCCCCCAUCCCCUCUUCCCCCAUCCCCUCUUCCCCCAUCCCCUCUUCUCACAACCCCACUUCCUCCAUUUCCCCUACCUCCAUCCCCUCUUCCCCGUUCCCUCUCUCCCAAUCAUCUCGCAACCGCCAUUCCUCCUCCCCAUCCGCCUUUUCGUAUCUGCCCUCCCCCCUGUCCCACUCCUUCUCCCCUUCCCUCUCCCUCUCCCUCUCCCCAACUCUUCCCCCAUCUCUCUCCCUAUCCCGCCCAGCCCCCUCGGGUCGUACCCAUCGUCAUCAUCCCCCCUCCUCCUCCUACCAUCAUAAUCAUCAUCCCUCCUCCUAUCGUCAUACUCAUCACCUCUCCUCCUUCUGCCCCCAUCAUCACCACCAUCCUUCCCCCUCCCACCAGCAUCAUACUCAUCAUCUCUCCUCCUCCUGCCUGCAUCAUCAUCAUCACACCCUCCUCCUCCUGUCCCCAUCAUACUCAUCAUCUCUCCUCCUCCUGUCCCCAUCGUAGUCCUCAUAAGAAGACUCAGAUCUCGAAUCAUCAUCAUACCCUCCUCUACCCCUCUCAACCUCAUCAUACCCAUUCCUUCUCAGCCUGCUGCUUCCCCCCUUUCCACCUCCUCUCCCCCCUCCCCUCCCCCUUCUAUCGGGGGAUGGGCUACGGCUAUGGUCAUCAUACCCCUGACUCCCCCGCCCGUCUUCGUCUCUAUAAUGCUGACGCGGCGCUGACGUGGCGGCCCCCCCGAGCGGUCGCGCGGGGGAGCGGCUAG